CAUUACUUGAGAGAACGCGUGACCAACAAACUAGUAUUGGUACAAUCCCAAUGAACAGAGCAGUGGAACUUAGCAGAUUGAACAACGGAGAGUAGAUCUUGAAGUUGUGGGUCCUUAAUAUGCUACCUUUAAUGAACCGGUUGACAAGGAUAUCUUUGUUUUGCAUCGGUUAAAAAUGUCCGGGCCAGAGCUUGUUUCUCUGUAUGGGUGUGUGCGCUCGCGCGCAUAGAAAACGGUGGUCUAAACGGAAGACGAGCAGACGAAGUUCAGCGCAUGCGGAAGUCAUAAGGACGGACUGCAUGUACAUAGAUCAUGCGAGACUGUCUUCAUUGAUGCUUUUUAGUUGCCAUUAGUGUUCUUGUUUCGUGAGUCACCAAAGAAAAUGGGAAGACGUGGACGGAGGCAGGUUUUGCAACUUGAUGACAGCAGUAGCUCUCAUCAGACUAGGAGGCAUGGGUACCAAAGCCAACAGAAUGAAGAAAGGAGUCAUGCUGCUUCAAAUCCUCUUUUGAACUUGGUUGGUCAGUACAGUAGUGACCCAGAAGAUGAUGAUGAGGAGGAUGAAAAAAGUGAUGAGGAAACUGUGGAGAGCAAACAGGAAGAGGUGACACCUUCAACAAGUGUCUGUGAAUUGCAGGGGUUACAAGUUGGCAUAGGACAAAGACAAUCUGAUCACUUAGCCAAGACAGAAGGAAGCAAUAUUGACUUUGAAGUUGCUAGUUUUUUGGCAGAAAUUGAGUCCAUUUCAACAGAACCUAAACAACAUAGUGGUGACAAGGAAGAGAUGUUAGCACAAAGUGAUCUUGAUAGUGCAGUCUUAAGUGAACACAGACCUCGUGACUAUGGUUAUGUUCUUAAAUCUGAUGCAAAUGUGGAUAAAGAAGGUGAUCAACUUAAAAAGGUCAAGCAAUCUUCAAGCAGUGCAUACAAGUCUAUGUUUGUCAAAGGAGAGUCCGAAUUUGUAAAGCAAGAAGAAAAACUCGCUCAUCAAGAUGCAAAAUUAGAAGAAGACGAGCUACCUGAAGAACCUUUAAGCCAGUGGCAGAUGGUUCAGGAUGAAACGACACAGUACUACUACUACUGGAAUACAGUAACCAAUGAAGUGACAUGGGAGAUACCACCUGAUUAUACCCAGUACUUGCUGCUUUAUAAGGAAUAUGAAGAGAAAUUGGCUGCUAUUCCUGAUAGCAGGCUGAAAGUUCUGAAGAAAAGACGUGAGCAGAAAAGGCAGGAAAAGGAAUCCAAACACUUAAUGACAGAGGUCAGCUCCAAAAAUGCCAAACACUUAAUGACAGAGGUCAGCUCCAAAAAUGGUCAUCUUGGCAGCACAGAAUCUUCACAGGCAGUCACAGAAGAAGCCUUGUUGCAGAGGUCUUCUAAGCACCAAAAAACUUCACACCCUCACAAAGAGAAAAAGGACGACGUGGAAUUAGCCCCUCAGCUCUCAGUAGCAACAUCAAACGGUGAAAGAAAUGAUAUCGAAGGGGAGAAUUCGAUUCAGAAAUUGAUUACUGUUCAUGGUUUGUCUGCUGAGGAAGCUGACCACAGUGCUACACACAUAGUGACGGCUGUUCAUCACGAAGCUGCUUCCUUACCUUCUUCAGAAAAUGCCAAACCUUUUGCCGGUGGUGUUGAUGAUACUGCCAAAGUGAAGUCCCAGGAAUCAGCUUUUAUACUAGCUGAUGAAACAUCUCAUUUUGUUCCUGUACUGGAAGAGGUCAAGGAUCAUGUUGUUCCAGUUUCUCUGGAAGCAAAUAAAAUAGAUAUACAGGAAAAAUGUGCUACAAAAAGUGAAUCUUUCUCCCAGCCAGAACUUGUGUCUUCGGCCAAUAAGGACAUGCUUAGUGGUGAGAGUGUUGAUGACACUAAGCUUACUCAGUCAUCUGCUGGUAGUGAGGGAGAAAAGCUAUCUAUUAGUGCUGGACCAAACACAUUAGACGAAGAUGAUGACUUUGAUAUGGAUUUUGAUGAUAUCGAUGACCUGGAUAGAGCUUUGGAAAAAGCCCUGGAGAAGAAACUGGAGAAAAAGAAGGCGGAACUUCAAAAACUGGAAAUGGAGCAUUUAGUGGAGUCUUCACAAGCUGAGACAGCUGCUUUGCCAUUGUCACCUUCAGUGACACAGAAUCCAGAGUCCAGCAACCUUCCUCAAGAACCACAGACUGAUUAUCUUGCAAUAGGAGCAGCAGCGAAAGAUGUAGACUUCAAAGAUGUUGCAGAUACAGCAUCAGAUUCCUCCUGUGGUAUUCAGGUCAGCUCUAAGCGAAAAGCAGAAGAUAGCAAAUCGGAAGAAGCAGAAGAAAACAGAAAGCCAACAGAGAAGAAAGCUAGACUUGUUGCAUAUGAUGCUUAUGAAUCAGAUGAAGAAGAGGAACUGGAUAAGGAUGAGAAAAUGCCUGAAGCAAAUGACACUCAGGGUCAGCUAGAAGAGGCUGCUGGUACAGAACCUAUAGAAGUUCUCUCAGUCAGUGCCUUACUGAAUCAACCACCUGAAGUAGCAGACAGCAAGACUGAGGUCCAGGAGAAAGCAGACACAGCCCUAGCAAAGCUGGCUUUCCUGGGUGUGACAGAGACUGGCCUCAGCCGUCUUCAGGUCAUUGCUGUUCAGCUGCAGACUCGGCUCAAGGACUGGCAAGAAGGAGGGCUUAACAGUGAAUACUUUUUUCAGCGCAUGUCAGAGGUUAAUGCCACUCUACAGCAGUAUGAGAACAGUGCUGUGCCACCAGGCUGGGCCUGCCACUGGGACAGGAGUUUCAGGAGAUACUUCUACACCAAUACUACUAGUGGUGAAUCACAGUGGGACUACCCAGAUCCAGCAUCUGGAGCAGUUUCGGGGUCUGACCAGACUUCUUUUGUGGAACCACUACAGGCUACAGGGCAGGAAGAUGGCAGUAAAACUCACACCAUUGUUAAACCAAAAGCAUCAGAUUCAAAUGUGGCUGGAUUGAAGAUGUCAGCACAUGCAAGGCUUGAGGAGGAGGAAGACUUAGAUGGAGUGGCUAUGUCUGAUGGGGAGAUUGAAGCAGGAAAGAGCAAUACUUCAAGCAUGAAGAUAUUCAGUUCAGCAGGACAUAAUGAGCUCAGCAGUAAAUCUCAGUCUUUUAUUCAGUCGUUCUUCCCUGGAGAACCUCUUCCUCCCGGGACAGAACUCUUGUUUGGCCUUCCACCACCCCCACCUCCUCCUCUUCCACCAGAAGAGGCAAGUAUCAAAGAAGACCACUAUAUCUGCAGAGAUGAAUCUUCCAGUGACAGCAGCCUCUGUCAAGACCAAGCAAGUGAAGAUGGAAGUGAGAUGAAAUCAGAGGAAUUGACCAGGGACGAGGCAUCCAUGCGAGUUGAAGAUGUCACAGAGGUAAAAGGGGACCAGUCAGUGAUCUCUAAGCCACCUCAGCUGAGAUUCCACGGCACAGCCUCUGCAUUGUCCUCAGGAGCUUCUGGAGGACCUGGCGAUUUGCUUGUACCUCCUAGUUCAGAGUCAUCGGAUGUCUUUGCUUCAUCCCAGGUGCAAAAUCCAUUGCCUCAGAAUUACUCAGAGGCUCAUGAUGUGUCUGUUGAACAAUCUGAUCCUGCACCUGGUGUCAAAAGUAGGAUUGGACCUGAGCGUCCAGAUUCUCCUUUCAUAGAGGAAAAUGCUAAGGGUUUGGGGGGUCCUGCUUCUGUGUCAGCCACUGGAGAUGCUGCAGGGCAAGAGAAACAAAAAAAGAAGAAAAAAGAAAAGACCCAGCUGGGAAGUGGAGGCCUGUCUCUGAAGAAGAAAGGUGUAUCAUCCUUGGUGCAAAAGUGGCAGAAGGUGAAACGGGAAGUGGAGCAAGAAGAACGAGCUAACGAGCAGAGGCAGAUGGCCAUUCGGCAGCAGCUGGAUGAGUGGAAGAAGGAAAAUAGUUGAGAGAGAGGCUUCAUGUUUGAAAGGAAAGGCUUCUGGAUUAAGAGAGAAAAAAAUUUUAAAAUGAAAAAGAAUAUGUAUGAGAGACAUCAUCCAUUGAUGAAAAGAUAUUAUUUGGAGGAAAUGGCUCACCUACUGAAGAACUGCAUGCUUGGAUUAUGUGCUAUGGAUGCUUCUGGAAAAAGGAGUGCCCAUAGUGAUUUGAUAUUUGUGUUGCUGAAAGGAUUUUUUUUUUUUUUUGGUGGGGAGAUGAGAUAUUGACCUUUUACCCUGCUGUGUCUGAGAGUGUUUGAGCGAGAGUGAGAGAAAGUGGUGAACAGAGAAAAGCUUUACUUGAACUGACUCAGAAACGUGUACAUUUCAUUGUUAUAAAGGCCAUCUGCACUUGCUUGAAGAUUUUGAAGCGGAUCAUAUAUCUGCUCAGCAAGUCAAAGGCAGAGAUUUCGAGGUUACUUGUUUCCCUGCUUUGUCCAGAAGACAGUUAAAUUGAACUUGGAUGUGCAUUGCAUGCAAAUGCCUUUUGACAUGGAAAUAAAUAUUUAUUAUUGUAAUAAAGGGCAGUUUAUUGAAUUGUUUGUGUGGAUUUGAUGGAGAAAAGAAUUACACACAUUGCACAGAAUUAAAUAUACUAACAUUUUAAAGCCAUGGCACAUGCAUCCUGUUUGGCAUUUUGACUGUAUGAGAGAUUUUUAUUUUGUUUUAAAUGUCAUUAAAUGUAGCACAUCACUAGGUUCUGGCAAGGGCUUUCUAAAAGCUUGACUGCUUUAACUUGAAGUCAAGUUUGCCAGAACCUAAUCAAUGGGGGAAAUCAACACUAGUGUUAGCAUUUGAUUUCAGUAGAAAAUCUUGAGCUCUAUGUGAUUAUUUUGGGUUGAAAGUUCUUGGAGCAAUGUGCAUGUUAAAGUGCUCAGAUUCAAAUUCUUUUUCCUACCCCUUUAACUUCGGAGUAUGGUGUUGCCAGUUCAAGGCUGGCUUGAGCCUAGAAAUUCUCCCAGUAUCAGUGGGUAUGUGAUUUAUCAGGGACAGCCAAAAGUCAGUUUAAAAAAGAGUGGUGCUCUGCUAUUUAUAGUUCAGUGCUUUCUUCAACUACAGCACUGUGAGACUUUGCCUUUAGGAGGAUGGUUGGUUCAUGGGAGCCAAGGACAAUUUUUCCUGUUGGUAUUCCUUAGUGGUAGUUUUCCUCAUUUUUUUUUUAUUUGACUUAAUUUUGUCUUAUGACUUUAAAAGUCAAUGGCUCAUCCUACCUGUAAGUCCUGCUUUCAUUUUAUCCAUUUAAGUUUUUUUGAGCAAAAGGAGUGUUUAUGAAGGAUUUAAAUAUAUAAAAAUCUCUUGUUCUGGCAUAUGUUCAAAUGAUUCCAAUUAGAUAAAUUUCUUAUUAUGAGUAUAAAGCAUUGUUAACAACCUGCCUCUAAAUUGGGAUACCAUCGUCUAUAGCAGAGGUAACUUUCUGCAGGAGCUAUAUGGUGGGUCUAAAUUCUUUGUUGAACAUUUCAUGAAGUUAAUAGCUUCUAAUUUUUAUGUGCAUGGAAGAAAGGAUGUGUAUAGGGAAUGUAGUUAUGUGCUUUACUUAUUUUUUUUGUUUUUGAGAACAGUUAAAUGCAGUUGUGUGAUUUGACCAAAACCCUAUCUCGGUUAAAAACUGACAAUGCAGCAUUGUUGCUAUGGCAGUAUUCGUAUAUCUGAGCAUUAUUUAAAAUCUAUUUUUUCAUUAAAAAGAAUGGAAAUCUAUGAAUCCAUAUGCAGACAAGGAUGAAAACAUGCAUGUAAAGGCAUUGUAAUAAUUUUUUGCUUCCUUUUUAGGAUUUGGGCAUUUGCAGUUGUCUGCUACUGUAUUAUCUGACAGUUGUUUAGAUAAGACCAAUGUACUUAAGACUUAUUUCUGUAACGGACUUCUUUAACAGAGGUUAACAUAUGUCACCAGCUAUAUAAAAACGUGCACCGAUAAUGUCAUAAUUCUGGUGAUCUUGGUGUAUACUGACUUAAGAAUCCACUGAUAACGCUGACCAAGUUUUAGCACCAAAGGUUUCCGUGCAAGGAAAGAACGAGGGCAGAUUUUCUUAUCUUACCGAUGAUUGCAAACAAUUUUAUCUGGUUACAAGUAUUACUUUUGAAAGCAAGACACCUUUCUUUCCCCUUGUAUUGUAAUUCUAUUUUUUCCAUGAUUAAAUAUCAUGCAUCCCUUUUUUCUCUCUAAUGUUCUCAAUCCUGUCUUCUCAGUCUCACAGGAUGGAAGAUGUCUUCCCCCUUAUGUUCUCCCCAAAUUAUGGAUUUGCAUAAAAAAAAAUUAUUCCUUGUUCUUAGUAAUGUUAUUUCAUCUUUGUAACUUCUAUAGCUGCUUUGAGGUUGGAUAGGUGAAUGAUGAUUCAUUUGUGUAACCUGCUCUAAAAUGAAAUGCAAUGGUCUGCUCAAAAAUAUUACAGUAUUUCUGCUAUGGUGAUUGAGAUUAGACAUGGAAUCCAUGACUGCAUAGGACCUGUACCUAAGUCUUUAUACAGCUGGUCUAAUAACAAGAUCUGAAACUGGCCAUCAGACCUAAUGUUAUAUGAGAGAACUACACUAGGACAUAUAUCAGUUGAUGAUUAGCCAGUCUCCGGCAUCAUUGUUCUGUUGACAAAAUUUGACAGUUAUCUAGCUUCUGUGCAUGUGAUGGUCUUUGCAGUGUAUUGUGAUCAAAUGAGAUAUAUUAUCAAUAUAUUUUGUAUACACAGUAUAUGUUGUAGACUGCACUUCAUUACUGGCGAUGAUUACAAAACAACAUUAAACUCAAUCAAAUUGAGUUUUUAUUAAAAGGUAUUUCAUCACAA